UUUCAGUAUACAAACAUAAUAUUAUUCUCAGUACCUAGUUAACAUGGCGCUGCGUAGUGGUGUUAGUUUUUUGAGAUUUACUGCGCUCCGUUCGUCUAGGCUUCUGUCAACGCAUACGCGACCGGAUAUCCAACAAAAUGGCGGGAAAACUGCAGAAUUCCCCGGUGCCAGAGCACCAUACGUUACAGAGAUGAAGUUUUUGAACGAAACCAAUUAUGAGCCGAUACCAAUAUACAGGGUGCUUGAUAAUAACGGCGAGGUGAUAGUGGGGAGUGAAGAACCAGACUUAGAUAAAGAUGUACUGUUGAAUAUGUAUAAAACAAUGAUACAGUUGAAUCAAAUGGACAAAAUUCUGUAUGAGUCUCAAAGACAGGGUCGCAUAUCAUUCUACAUGACGAACUACGGCGAAGAAGGCAUGCAUGUCGGUAGCGCUGCCGCCCUAUCUCUUAGAGAUAUGGUCUUUGCGCAAUAUAGAGAAGUUGGAGUACUCUUAUAUAGAGGCAUGACCAUAUCAGAACUAGUGAACCAGUGUUAUGGAAACCACGAAGAUCCUGGCAAGGGAAGACAUAUGCCAGUGCACUAUGGCAGCAAGCAAUUGAAUAUCGUCACUAUAUCCAGUCCUUUAGCAACCCAAAUUCCACAAGCAGUUGGUGCAGCUUACGCCUUCAAGCGUCAACCAGACAAUGAUCGCUGUGUUAUUUGUUACUUCGGUGAAGGUGCUGCUUCUGAAGGUGACGCGUUCGCUGCUUUUAACUUUGCGGCUACUCUUGAAUGUCCUGUUAUUUUGUUCUGCAGAAACAACGGCUACGCGAUAUCAACUCCAUCUAGCGAGCAGUAUCGAGGUGACGGUAUCGCGGCACGCGGGCCUUCGCUGGGUAUCAACACGAUACGGGUAGAUGGUACGGACGCGCUCGCUGUGUACAAUGCGGUGCGGGCCGCUAAGGAAAUGGCCGUUAAGAACAAGCCUGUGCUGAUUGAGGCUAUGUCUUAUAGGGUAGGUCACCAUUCUACGUCUGACGACAGCACAGCCUAUAGAUCUAUAGAAGAAAUACAAAAGUGGACCACUGAUGAAAAUCCGAUACAAAAAUUACGCCUAUAUAUUGAACGUAAAGGUCUUUGGAAUGAAGAAGCAGACAAGGCAUUGAUAAAAGAAUCUCGAGACAUCGUCGUAAGGACGAUGCAAAAUGCCGAAAAGAAAAAGAAACCACAUUGGAAAGAAAUGUUCGAAGAUGUGUAUUACGAUAUGCCGCCAAAACUACAAAAACAGAUGAAUCAAUUGGAACAGCACCUGAAGAAAAAUGGCGAGCACUAUCCGUUAGAUAACUUUCAAAAGGAAUAAUGUAAUCCAAUUAAAUUUUUCCUAAACCACCUUUAUUUAAUAAAUUCUUCUGCAAA